UUGUGUGCUCUGCAUUCCAUCCAUCCACCCAUCCAUCCAUCCAUCUAUUUAUCCAUCCAUCUAUCCCAUCUUCUCUACCUCUUUAUUCUUUCUGUCCUACUCUCCAUCCAUCGCCCCCCCAAAUGGCUACGAAGAUUAAGAAGGAAUUGUGCAGAGAAGCGUACAACCGUGUGCGAGACGACAGCAGUGGGAUUAGCUGGACGACCUUCAAAUACGAAGGGAAUACCAUUGUACCUGAUUCCGAAGGGCCACAGUAUGACGAGUUUAAAACCAGAUGCUCAGAUGACAAUAGAUUAUUUGCAUUUGUACGGAUUACCACUGGAGAUGAGAUGAGCAAACGAUACAAGUUUGCCCUGAUCACCUGGAUCGGAGACAACGUCAGCGGACUACAAAGAGCCAAAGUGGGCCCCGACAAGAGUUUAAUAAAAGACGUGGUUCAGAACUUUGCAAAGGAGUUUGUCAUCUGCGACCAACGAGAACUGGAUGAGGACUACAUUAAACAGGAGCUGAAGAAGGCUGGAGGAGCCAACUAUGAUGGACAGGCUGCCUACGGUGAAUGACGUGUGUGAGCAGCGGUGCAUCUGCUGUGGCUAUGGGGUGUGGAGGAAGUCGGAAAUCCUGUAUAACUGCCCCUCCACUCAUAUCAAGCUCCAAAGGACUUGUACUCAUUCAGCUUCGUGAAUACCCUUUAAAUUUAGUUUGGAGGUGCAUGUGGCAGUCUGGCAGGCACAAUCAAAAGCUUUUCAUUGAUAUUGUUCGGUCCUGUUUUUUUUCUUAACCCCAAUUGUUAAGCCUGUUUUUCUUUCCAAUUAAACGGCCCAAGGAGAAGGUUUCUAGUUUUUGUUUCAACUUUUCUAUGCAAGUUUUCCGAGGCUCCUUGUCUGGGAUGGGGGUGGGAGGGAGUGGGGAGGGAGAGGAAUGUAUGUGGUGGGCUUAAGGAACAAAAGCAAAAGAUUAUUUAAACCACUGCAGAAUAAACUUUUUGAAAAAUA